AUGUUGACAGAACUUGCGCUUGCAACUUCGCUUUCAGAUUCAAACAUACAAGUUUGGGAUUUUAGAACCGGAACUUUGUUAACUUCUUUCAAACAAAAUAAAUGUUAUCAACAUGGCUUGGCUUUAAUUCCAUUUCCAGGACAGCUCAAUAGAGUUGGUUUAAUUAUAGCCGCUCAAAUUGAUAAAGCUUUACUACAUGUAUAUUCGUGGCAAAAGGAUCAGCCUUAUCUCAAAAUUAUAUGUCCUGAGAAAUUAACUUCGGUGGCUAUUUCAAAUCAAGGCGCAUAUUGUGCUUGUGGUACCGAUAAUGGAAAAAUUUAUAUUUGGGAGCUUUCAACUGGAACUUUAUGUCGUGUAUACGAUGCUCAUUAUAAAAAGAUUAGUGUCCUCAAAUUUACAAAUGAUGAUACUGCAUUGAUAUCGGGAAGUGAAGAUGCGGGUGUAAAUGUCUGUAUUUUAAAUGAUUUAACAGAUGAAUCACCAUCUCCAUUUUAUUCAUGGCCAGAACAUUCAUUACCAAUCACUGAUAUAAUAUGUGGGAUUGGUAGCUUUCGUACAGCGAGAGUAUUGACUUCAUCGUUGGACCAUACCUGUAAACUAUGGGACCUGUCAUCCGGACAUCUUUUAACAACCUUCUUAUUUCCCACCGCUAUAACUGCUAUUGCGCUUGAUCCUGCUGAAAGAACGUUUUUUGCUGGUGGUAGGGAUAAUCUUAUUUAUCAGGUAAAUCUGUACAAAAAACUUGAGAAUAGGACUUAUAAUGCAAGUGGACAGCCUGGAUUUGAGAUAGCAGCAGUAGGAGGUGCUGGUGUUGUCGAAGAUGUUGUAUCUGAACAUGAUGAUAAAAGAAAUCUAAUAUUUAGGGGACAUAGCAUGUCAAUUACUACCCUUUCACUUUCGUAUGAUUCUACUCUUCUCCUAUCAGGUUCCCAAGAUGAAACAAUAAAAGUAUGGGAUAUUGCCAGUGGACAAAUGAUUAAAAAUUUUACACAUCUCAAAGGUAUAAGUCUACAAGUGGUUCUCGUUGUUCAGUUUAAUUGUGACUUUAAUAAAUUAUUUAAUGAAGGUCCAAUCGCAAACAUACAAACUUUUAUAAAGCCACCGGAUCUUUUCAAUUUUGGGUUUUCACCGUCUAAAAUUAUGAUACAACCAAUACAACCUUUUAAGAGAACGCAAGGAAUAUCGCUCAAAGAAGAUUCUGAAAUUGAGGAAUCUGUAAUAAUGGUUUUAAAUGAUAAUAAAAAGGAAAUCGAUUUAUAUAAUUACAAUUGCACUGAUCAAGGUAAUAGUGUUUCAGUUCAUUUACGUUCAUGCCAUUUAUUUGAUGUUAUAAACAUUCCUAUUAUUAUUUUAGUUACUUCAUCAUAUGAGUUUAGUGAUUUGCAAAAAGCAAAAUCUACCCAAAGCAAAUUCAAAGCAA